AUGAUUUUUAAACGUGCAGUAUCUACACUAAUUCCCCCAAAAGUGGUGUCAUCCAAGAACAUCGGUUCAGCACCAAAUGCUAGGCGUAUUGCCAAUGUUGUGCACUUUUACAAGUCCUUACCUCAAGGUUCAGCACCAGCAAUCAAGGCCGACUCUAGAUUGGGUAGAUAUAAGGCUAAGUAUUUUAAUGGGGAUAACGCUAGCGGUAAACCAUUGUGGCACUUUGCUCUGGGAAUCAUUGCCUUUGGUUACUCAAUGGAAUACUACUUCCAUUUGAGACAUCACAAAGGUGGUGAAGAGCAUUGA